AUGGAGACCGAACAAGCAAUAGAUCACGACGCGCCGUGGAAAGGCGGGCUUUUGGGGGCUGCUGCAAAGACCGCGGACUGCGUAAAGCCACACGACAGAGCGAUCCUAGCAGGCGGCACGAAGUGCGACGUUUCUAGUUCUCGAACCUGUGUCCCAGCGACAGUAGCGCCAAUGGGAGCAGCAGGAGAUGCUGCGGGGUCAGCAGAAGUAGCAACAGCAGCAGUACAGGGCAACAAGCAGCAGGAAGCACGGCCUGUAAAGCGGCUGCGAUGUCAGACCGGGGGAGAACAAGACAAAUCCCGCGGAGAUGAACUGUCACACGCUGACGCCAGUGGCCCGGCGGAAAAGCUGCCCUCUUCUACUAUCAGAGAAGCCCAUUCCAACAGCGCAUUCGUAGGGGCGCAGGAACAGCAGCAGGAAAACCAUCAGCAGCAGCAGAACCAGCAGCAGCAGCAGCAAGACCAGCAGCAGCAGCAGGACCACCAGCAGCAGCAGCUGGCGACACAAGAAGCACACGAAGGCAACGACAGUUUGCCUUCAGAAAAGGCCGCAGCGGAGUCAUUAGAUGCCGCAGCAUGCUCCUUAUCAACGUUUUCCUCCGCCUCAACAAGUGGCUUAGCCUCACGGGCUGCCUGCCCAGGCCCUUCCGAAGGGCAUACGGGAGGCUCUCACUUGGCCUCCUUGUUUGGGGCUACUGGCGAAAAAGGAAUUCACGUUGAGUUUCUCUUUUCGGAUCAGUCUUCAUGGGAGAAAAGUCUACAGAGGCGUUCAGGGCCCUCAGGCCCGGAGGCCCUCGGGGGUUUCCUAGAGGCUUCGAAUUUGCGGGGACCCCAAAGUGCACAGGACUUGAGAGGUCCUCCAGGGUCACCCCAGGGGGAACCUCAAAGAGUACAAUACCAAGAAGCUCCCAGACAGGUCAUCUUAGGCGUCUCCGAUGCAGAGGAAACAUCCGUAGCUGCGGGAGGCCCUCCUUUCCAAGGAGAUGGGAAUGCAGAUGGCUUGAACGCCACUGAAGGAGCAGCGCUUCUUGUGAGACUAGACGGAGGAGCAGAAGCGUCGGCGGCAGGUGCUGCUGAAGCAGCAGCAACAGGAGCGGCAGGAGAAGACACAAUUGCCUCUUCGUCAGAGACAGAAGUGCCUUUAGUACCUUGUGAACCUGCUAAUGAAGAAUGCGCGCCUUGCGUUCACACAAGGGCUGACGCGGAUGCCAACACCAGGCAGUUUAGUGAUGAUGGAACUUCGGCAGCAUCAGCAGCAGCUGCAGCAGCAACAGCAGGAGCAGCGCAUGCGGCAGCCGGGGCAACACCCGGGAGCGCAUGCGAAGAGGCGCAGUGCCUUCCAGCGUCUGUCUCGUCAUCGGCUAUUUCUCGAGUGCCUGCUGUUGCUGCUGCUGUAUACACUGAAGGCGAGGGAAACGAAAGCAGUGGCAGAAGCAGCAGCGCAGCGGAAGAUGCUACGAGUAGCGGAAAGGAUUCAUCUAGGUCGGGUUUAACUGGUGUAGAAAGCAGACCAGGUGACACAACGCGUAACAACACGGUGGCCAGCAGCAGCAGCAGCAGCGGAAACGGCGGCUCAGUGGUUGUGGCACAGGGGAGCUCAGAGACGGAUGUGAACGAAGUAAUAAACCUUAGUGACUCUGAAGCAACCGACUCAGGCAGAGAAGAAGCAGUUCCUGUUGUUGACGUAGAGUCCGAGGCUGCAUGCAUCGAGGGAGGGGAAGCCAGCAGCUCGGGGAGCAGCAGCGGCGCGGGAGGCCCAAGUUCUUCCUCCGUAAGGCCUCCCACGGGCCCACAGACAUCUGCAUCAUCAGAAGCAGUAACGCCUGAAGUGGCAGUAGUGCUGGACUCAGAUGAUGAUGAUGUUGUCGAGCUAAGAAGUCGCCAAGCAGCUCCGUUCGCCAUGUACCCGCCCCACAGCUACCUCAUGCGGAGCCCCCUAGGGCUGAGGCCUUACGGUGCCAGUGGGCUGUCGCUGCUUCCUUUUCAGAGGCAAAGACUCAGGGGCCUGGGAGGGGACGACUAUGACGAGGACGAAGAUGCAAGAAACAACGCAGCGCUUCCUAGAUGCCCAAUAUGCCUGAAGAAGUACAGACAGCAGCAGCAGCAGCAAGAAGGGUGCACUGAUGCCAAAGAAGACAAACCAACGCAAGGGCCAGGUGAUGGUCCUGACUGCCCUGCUACGGACUCUGGGCAGCGGUCAACAUCGGGAGCCUCAGACGUUGCUCCAGGACAAAGAAACGAAAGCGAUGAACAGCAGCAGCAACGUAACUUGUCGCGUCCCCCCCCUCCGCCUCCGCCGCCUCAAGCUGAUCCAGACGGAGAUCACGUGGUGGCGCUGCGGUGCGGGCACGUCUUCUGCAAGGCGUGCAUAUUGGUGGCGCUGCGCACAAGGCGGCAGUGUCCUAUUUGUCGAUUCGUUCUCAAAGGCAGCAGACCUUACCAACGGAUUUUCCUUUAA